AUGACCAACGGACCGUGGACUGACGAGAUUAUUUCCACCCAAGACGCGCUCCCAAAGGGGACCUUAAAUAGUGCGGUAGAACUGUUGAUCAAAGACGUCAGAACCAACGUUCUCGGCAAGCGCAAAAUCCGCGAGGGAGACAUUGUUGCGAUUAACAACGUGGUGGACUCGAUUGCAACAUCAUUUCAGCGGCUCCUCAACGAAGAAUGGCUUGACGCCUGGACGAUUUUAGCAGCCAUGUAA